UUUCCGUGGGAGCCAUGUUCAAGUUGCUGGUUCUUUCCUGCCUUCUGGCCCUGGUACUGCCCUCGUUGGCCGAAGUGGGCUGGUGGCGGACCGCACAGUUCUACCAGAUCUAUCCCAGGUCAUUUAAGGAUAGCGAUGGCGAUGGUGUGGGCGACUUAAAUGGUGUCACCCAGCAGCUGGCGUACCUGAAGGAGAUCGGUGUCACUGCCACUUGGCUGUCUCCGAUUUUCACCUCUCCCAUGGCUGACUUUGGCUACGAUGUGGCCGAUCUCUACAACAUUGAUCCCAUCUUCGGUACCAUGGCCGACUUCGAUGCCCUGGUGGCACGCGCCAAGGAGCUGGACAUCAAGAUCAUCCUGGACUUUGUGCCCAACCACACCAGUGACGAGUGCGAAUGGUUCAUCCGUUCGGAGAACGGCGAGGAGCAGUACAAGGACUUCUACGUUUGGCACACCGGCAAGGUGGUCAACGGUAUCCGCCAGCCGCCCAACAACUGGAUCAGCGUCUUCCGGGGCUCCAUGUGGACGUGGAGUGAGAAGCGUCAGGCCUACUACAUGCACCAGUUCCAUGCCAAGCAGCCCGAUCUGAACUACCGCAACCCCGCCGUGGUCGAUGCCAUGAAGGAGGUCCUGCGCUUCUGGCUGCGCAAGGGAGCCUAUGGCUUCCGCAUCGAUGCCGUGCCCCAUGUCUUCGAGGUGCCAGCUGAUGCCGACGGCAACUGGCCCGAUGAGCCCAGGAACGAGGCUGUCAGCGAUCCCGAGGACUACACUUAUUUGCAGCAUAUUUACACCACAGACCAGCCGGAGACCCUGGAGCUCGUCUACGCCUUCCGUGAUGUGAUUGAGGAGCUGGAUGCUGAGCUGGGUGGCGACGAUCGUGUCCUGCUCACCGAGGCCUACUCCCCCUUGGAGACUCUGAUGCAGUACUACGGCAACGGCACCCACCUGGGCUCCCAGAUUCCCUUCAACUUUAAUCUGCUGGCAAACAUUCAUUACAACUCCGACGCCUACCACUACUCGGAGCUAAUCCACAACUGGCUGGACAAUAUGCCAGAGGGCCAGGUUGCCAACUGGGUGUUUGGAAACCACGAUCAGAGUCGCAUUGGAUCCCGUCUGGGUGCCGAUCGCAUUGAUGCUUGCAACAUGAUCAUUCUGGGCCUGCCCGGCGUCAGUGUCACCUACCAGGGUGAGGAGACCGGCAUGACCAACGUGUACAUCAGCUGGGAGGACACCGUGGACCCCCAGGCCUGCCAGUCCAAUGAGAAUGAGUUUGAGCGUCUUACCCGCGAUCCCGUGCGCACACCCUUCCAGUGGAACGACGAGCAGAAUGCCGGCUUCUCCAAUGCCUCCGUCACCUGGCUGCCCGUGGCCAGUGACUACAAGUUGGUCAAUGUAAAGAAGGAGCGUGGUGUGGCCCUGAGCCACCUGAAUAUCUACAAGCAGCUGCGUGCUCUCCGGGAUGAGCCCACCCUGAAGCAGGGCGAUGUCACUGUGGUGGCCAUUGGUCCCAAUGUCUUGGCCUUCAAGCGCUCCCUGGCUGGCCACAAGUCCUACAUCACUGUCAUCAACAUCAACGAUGAUGUCGAGUCGAUCAACCUGGACUCUGUCUUCACCUCCAUCUCCACUCAGCUGCAGUACGUUGUGGUCAACGACAAGAGUGUGCGUCGCAAGAACGAUCUUACUUUUGCCAACUCUGUCCUGCUGAUGCCCAAGGAGGCCGUCGUGCUGAGCACAGUCUAGGCCAACUUAAUAGUUUUCUUUAAUAAAUAAAAAUCAUAGAAACCAUAAAAA